CGCCAUGGCGCUGGAACGACAAGGGACAGCAGGAAAGCUUCAGCCACGUUUCCCGGAGCUGACGACUCACUUGCAGCGUCUGGGAGAUCUGGCGUGGCGACCGGGGGUCGAAGCCAUAAAGGAAGCUUGCAAACAGCUGGACAUUUCCUACCAGGAAUCCGACAUUGCGACCAUUUGUUCAGAACUGGCUGGGAACACCUUUGAGACGCAGGUGGAACCAGACAUCCCAGUCUGCGAUUUUCUGGCGUACAUUCUGCAUGCUGCGCCAUGUCAGCAGAACUUUGAGAAACUGAGCCCUAGCGAAAAUGCCACCGCCAUCCAUCGAGUGGAUGAACGUGGGCUCUUCCUGCACUACUAUCAAGCGCUGGUCCAUUUCGUUGAAGGUGUGAGCUGCAACGGCUGCGUGUGGUAUGACCAGCAGCAGCGCUUGCCCUCCAUUCCGCUGGAGGAGGUGACCAUCUAUCAGGUGAAUCAUUGGAUCAUCGAGCCCCUGACUUCAAAGGAAGAUUUCAGUUACACCGAAGUGGUGACGGUUGACAGCUGUGCACCCAAGCAGAUGUGGUUCAUUUCGCACUGGUGGGGCGAGGCCGUGCCAACCUUUGUGCAGUGCCUGGCGAAGCAUCUGGACAUCCGCCGGAUGUCGGCCGACAGGACGGCCUACUGGAGCGCCUGGGCCGCCCUGGGCCCCGGCGAACGCGAUGCCGGGGAGGCGCUGCCAACGGCGCAGGCCCUGGCGCAGCGGAAGGUGCUACUGCUGCUGAACGCGCAGGGCGAAGCCCUCCGAAGAACUUGGUGUGCGCUGGAGAUGGCCGUGGCCACUGGUUUGGGAGAGGCCCGGAAGGAUCAAAAGCCCAACACCUCGCCCCGCGUGGGCCUCUUGGACCUGGUCACGCUGAGAACUGAAGCUCCUUGUGCAGGGCUCCCCGUAGUGCUCACCGAUGGCCUAACGGAGGUAGAGCAGGAGUGGGAAGCCAAGCACGAGGGCAUGGGACACAUCGGCAAGACGGAUCGGGAGAAGCGCUUUCCAUUGGAGGUGCUGAAUGCAGGGCUUGCCUUGGACUUUGCAGAGACGAAAACCUCAGUCUCAUCCGAAAGGACUUGGGUCCACAAUUUCCUUGGCAAGUUGGUCAUGAUGGACGAGCCUGCCACGCUGCAGAACGUCAGCCAGCACCUGCGGAGCUUCUUCGCAGGGACCGCCUUGGUGCAAGCCUUGAAGAGGCAACUUUCCAUCGCCCCGUACCUCUCCAUCAUCGCAGCGAAUGUGGCGCAGCAGGAGCUGAAGCUGCCCUGCCUGGCUCACGUCUUGCAGCAGCCUGAGACAUUUCUGUCGGAGCUCGGCACUGCGUUGGUGAAGCUGAGCCAUCUGAAGGCUUUGAAUCUGGACCUGGGCUGGCGGAGCAUUUACGCCAACGGUCACAUCUCCAAUCUGCUCAGCGCUGCCUGGCUGGCCCCGGGUCUGGAGCAUUUGGUGUGCCUGCAGGACUUCACCUUGCGCCUCAGCGGCUGCUGCACCCUGCGCCGCUUCGGCUGCGCCGCGUCGCUGCCGCGCACCCUGCGACGCUUGGAGCUGGGCCUGGACAGCUGCGAACGGCUGCAGGAUGCCACGGAGCUGUUGCGGGGAAUCGGUGAUUUAAUGCAGCUGACCUCCCUUCGCCUUUCCAUGUCGGGAUGCAAAGGUUUGCUGCUGGAUUCUGACUUGGUUCUGCUGGGCAAAAGCCUACGGCAACUUCAAGAGCUGCAGCAUUUGUCCUUGAACUUCUCCGGAACCAAGCGGCUCUUUUACCUCAUUGAGCUGGGUCGAAGUAUUCGUUACCUACGUCAGCUACAUGAGCUCUUGAGCCGCAACGACACGAGGGAGCGAGGGGGCGACUUGGGAGGGGUGGUAACCCAUUAG